UAUCGCCACGUCGUCUGCAGAAAAUGCUGCUCCGAGCCGCCCAGGAGACAGGAAGAGCCCUCCUAAAUAUGGCUUUUCUGUUGCCGGUUCUGGUUACAAAGUGAUGGAUCGAGGGGGUAGAAUCCGCUGCAGUUUCCCGGACAUGGGAGUGAAUACCCGACAGUCAAUGGUGCAUGUACAAAAUGAUAAAACAGGAUCGAGUGGCAUUCCCAUCAAAAUCAUAACAAACCUGUUUGGGCUGUGGUUGCCCGUUUCAUGGCAACUUUUUCAGUACCAUGUUCAAUUUAGCCCAGAGAUGGAAUCGAGACGCUUGCGGAUGGCGCUGUUGUACAGCCACCCCAGAUUUCAAACAAAAGCUAAGGCAUUUGAUGGAGCUGUGCUGUUUGUUACAGAUAAAUUAGAAGACAAUGUCACAGAAUUGUCUUGUGAAACCAAAAGAGGAGAGGCUGUCAAGAUCACAAUUUCACUGACCCAACAGCUGUCUCCCAGCUCUCCUACAUGCAUCCAGUUUUUAAACAUUAUCUUUAAGAAGAUUUUGAAAAAAUUGUCCAUGCACCAAAUUGGACGAAACUUCUACAGUCCUUCAGAUCCGGUAGAGAUACCACAGCACAAGCUGACUCUUUGGCCAGGUUUUGCUAUAUCCGUUGGGCAGUUUGAGAACCGAGUGAUGCUCUGUGCAGAUGUGAGCCAUAAAGUCCUUCGUAACGAGAACGUCCUGGAGUUCAUGACCAACCUAUACAACACUGUGGAUCCGGCACGUUUGGCAGAGACUUGUGAAAAAGAACUGUUGGGCCUCAUAGUUCUUACCAGAUACAAUAACAAGACUUACCGGAUUGAUGACAUUGAGUGGUCCGUGAAACCUACGGAUUCGUUCCAGAAACGUGACGGCACUCAGAUCUCUUACGUAGAUUAUUACAAGCAGCAGUAUGAUAUAGUUGUAAGCGACCUGAACCAGCCAAUGCUUGUGAGCCAGCUGAAGAAUAAACGUGGCGGCGGCAGUGCUGAGCCCUUUGUGGUCUUCCUGGUUCCUGAGUUUUGCUAUCUGACAGGUUUGAGCAGCCGUGCACUUUCUGAUUUCCGUCUGAUGAAGGAUUUGGCGAAAGAAACUCACCUGACCCCUAGAACAAGACAACAGAGGCUGUCUAGACUUGCGGACAAUAUCCAAAGGAACAGAGAUGCUCGCAUGGAGUUGGAGACCUGGGGGAUGCAGUUGGGGUGCCAGACUUCUCUCACUGGCCGUGUGGUCACGACAGAAAAAAUCCUCAUGCAGGAUGUGAUUACGCCCCUGAAUGCUGGCGACUGGCUCAGAGAUAUGCGGAAUGUCAGGGCCUUGGGGGCGAGACCUCUGGAUAACUGGCUAAUGCUGGUUGGCAACAGGAACUCAGAGCUGGCCCAUAAUCUUGUGAACUGUUUGAGGAGAGUAGGAGGCCCCAUGGGCUUUCGUGUGGAAUAUCCCAAAGUCUUACAAGUACAAGAAAGCCCGCUGGCAUUUGUGCGAACCCUACGACAGCAUGUGAAUCCAGAGCUACAGCUGGUGCUCUGCGUGCUGCCUUCCAAUCAGAAGGACUGCUAUGACUCCAUUAAGAAGUUCUUGACCCUGGAGCACGCUGUUCCUAGCCAGUGCGUCCUUGCUCGUACCCUGAGCAAGCCGGGCAUGUUGAUGAGCGUGGCCACCAAAAUUGCAAUGCAGAUUAUCUGCAAGCUUGGUGGGGAGCUCUGGGCAGUUGAUAUACCACUGAAGUCCCUUAUGGUGGUUGGGAUUGACAUCAACAAAGACGCCACCAUCAAAGGAAGCUGUCUUGUUGGAUUUGUGGCUAGCACGAAUGUCAGACUUACCAAGUGGUUCUCACAGUGCAGGGUGCAAAAUUCCGGAGUCAACGUUGCGGAUUGCUUAGGGUUAUGCAUGGAAGGCGCCCUGUGUCAGUGGCAGAAGAGCAAUGCUGGACAGUUACCUGGACGCAUAAUCGUGUACCGGGACGGUGUUGGAGAUGGCCAGCUGAAGAUGGUGGUGGACUAUGAAGUCCCUCAGCUUCUUAGUGCCCUCGGUAAAUGGACUGGUGAUCUCAGGCCCAAGUUAACUGUGGUCGUUGUCAGGAAGAAAUGCCUCCUUCGCUUUUUUACUGAGGCCAACGGGGGCCUACAGAAUCCUCCAGUUGGAACCGUUAUUGAUACGGAAGCCACGCGUCCCGAAUGGUAUGACUUUUUCUUGAUCAACCAGCUUGCUCGCCAGGGUACCGUUAACCCUACGCAUUAUAAUGUGGUGUACGACAGCAAUGGGUUAAAGCCGGAUCAUAUGCAGCGUCUCACAUAUAAGAUGUGCCACCUCUACUACAAUUGGCCAGGCCUCAUCAGAGUGCCAGCUCCUUGCCAGUAUGCCAGCAAGCUGACUUUCCUGGUAGGCCAGAGCGUCCACCAAGAGCCGAGGCUGGAACUCGCCGACAAACUUUUCUAUUUGUGAAGAGUGUAGGGACCGGAAUUUUGAAGAGGAAGGAGCACCCGGCACAGUUUUGGUUUUAAAGGGGAAAACAUUAUACCGUUUUUAGAACUGCAGCAGCAAAAAUUACAGUUUGUUAUUGGAAUGAAGAGAACAGAUUGUUUGGAGUUGUUCCUAUGCCAUAGUUAUA